GUAUUCGUUACACAAUUGACUUUCUUAGAGAACUACUAGAAAAACUAGAAAAGAUGGUUAAAUUUGUAGUACCAUACUUAUGACAAAGUUGCGUGUCUUGAAAAGACCAUUAAUUUGAGGGGUCAUUUGUCAAAAUCGGUUCAGGAACUAAAAAGUUAUUGCAGAAUCAAGUUAUGAACCAGAAAAGCUAACCCGAAACCUCGCUGCAGUUCAGUUGACAGCGGGUCGCCGAGAGCUCGUCGCGGAUUCCUUGAUCGUCCCUAGCGGAUUGUGCAAAAUUGUUCGCAUGUGUGCCUAUGUUGUGUCGUGUGCGGUGUGCUAGCAGCACCGCGGGAUACAGGAUUGCAAAAGUUCCGUGAAACUGAAACGAAACCAAACUUCUGAACGCCCCGUUCCGCACGACACACUCAUCGGAGGUGUGAGCAAAACCGCGUGUCUGUUUUCCGGCUCUUUGUGUUUUUUGAGUUGCGAAUCUUUCCCUUCCUCCGGCCGGGAAACCGUGGUCGGUUAAUCGACUUUUUCACCGUGCAAAGCAUUUGCAAGUGUGCACGGCGUGUUGUUCAAUCUAAUCAGUUCUGUGCGGCUAAGAAAUCGCCUACUCAGUGCAUUAAUAAUCGCGCUUCCUAGCGUUGCCAUUGCGUAGUGUCAAAAGUGCUGCUGCGGCUGAAAAAGUUGAUUUUAGGUUAGGAAGUUCCGUAGCCGGUCGCACGGGAGUGAGCGUGACAGGAAACAUCAAGAGGAAAAAUGGAUACCGUCAAGAUUAGCGAACUGCUGCGGGCCACCAUCGAGCCAACGCAGCGAAUGCAGGCUGAGGAGCAGCUGAACCAGGUACACAAGAUCAUCGGUUUCCUGCCCAGCCUGUUGCAGGUGGUCAUGCAAAACGAAGUGGAAAUGCCGGUCCGGUUGGCGGGGGCCAUCUACCUGAAGAACUUGGUCAACAGCAGCUGGCCGGACAAGGAGGCGGAAGCUGGCAAUCCGAUUCCGUUCGCCAUCCACGAGCAGGACCGGGCCAUGGUCCGGGACACGAUCGUCGAAGCGAUCGUGCACGUUCCGGCCGAGGUGGUGAGGGCUCAGCUUUGCUUUUGCCUAAGCCACAUCAUCAAAAGCGACUUCCCGGGCCGGUGGACACAGGUGGUGGACAAGGUGAGCCUGUGUCUGCAGAGCAGCGACCCGAAUGCGUGGCACGGCGCUCUCCUGUGCAUGUAUCAGCUGGUAAAGCACUACGAAUACAAGAAGUCAUCUGAGCGGUUCCCACUGACCGAGGCGAUGAACUUGCUGCUGCCGCAAAUCUACACCAUCAUGCUGAACGUGCUGAACGAGCCGUCCGAGCAGAGUGUGCUGAUGCAGAAGCAGAUCCUGAAGAUUUACUACGCGCUGACGCAGUACUGGCUGCCGCUGGAGGUGAUCAGCAAGGAUGUGUUUGCCAGCUGGAUGGAAAUCUGCCGCCAGAUCCUCGAGCGUCCGGCACCGGACUCGUCGCACAUCGAGGAAGAGGAACGACCGCAGUUGCCCUGGUGGAAGACGAAGAAGUGGGCCUCACACAUCAUCCUGCGUAUGUUCGAGCGUUACGGAAGCCCGGGCAACGUCAUCUCGAAGGAGUACAAAGAGUUUGCCGACUGGUUCCUGCAGACGUUUACCAGUGGGCUGCUGACGGUGCUGCUAAAAAUUCUCGACCAGUACCGGAACAAGGUAUACGUGUCGCCGCGCGUCAUGACCAAUACGCUCGACUACAUCAAGACAGCCGUAUCGCACGCGUACUCGUGGAAGAUGCUGAAGCCGCACAUCAUUGAGAUUAUUCGGGACGUGAUCUUCCCACUGAUGUCGUACACGGACGCCGACGAGGAGCUGUGGGAUAGCGACCCGAUCGAGUACAUUCGCAAGAAGUUCGACGUGUUCGACGAUUUCGUAUCCCCGGUGCAGUCGGCCGAGAUGCUGCUGCACAAUUGCUGCAAGACGCGCAAGGGCAUCCUGACGCAGGUGAUGCAGAUCAUCAUGCAGAUCAUCAACACGCCGAACCUCGGCCACAAGGAGAAGGACGGUGCGCUGCAUAUGGUCGGUUCGCUUGCGGAGGUGCUGCUGCGUAAGAAGAUCUUCAAGGAGCAGGUCGAGCAGCUGCUGAUGCAGUACGUUUUCCCGGAGUUCGCCAGUCCGCACGGGCACAUGAGGGCGCGCGCCUGUUGGGUGAUGCACUACUUCAGCGACAUCAAGCUAAAGUCGCCGCAGGUUCUCGAACAGGUGAUGCGAUUCCUCAGCAAUGCACUGCUCACCGACAAGGAGCUCCCGGUGAAGGUGGAGGCGGCCGUGUCGAUGCAGAUGUACCUCAUCGCGCAGGACGAUGCCGCACCGUACCUGGAGGGCCAAAUCAAGGAGAUUACGAUGGAACUACUGAAGAUCAUCCGCGAGACGGAGAACGAGGAGCUGACGACGGUACUGCAGAAGAUCGUGUGCACCUACUCCGAUCAGCUACCACCGAUCGCGGUAGACAUCUGCCAGCAUCUGGCGACCACGUUCAGCCAGGUGCUAGAGACGGACGAGAACGGCGACGAGAAGGCAAUCACGGCGAUGGGUCUCCUGAGCACCAUGGAAACGCUGCUGGCCGUGAUGGACGAGCACCCGCAAGUGCUCGCCUCGCUGCACCCGAUCGUGCUGCAGAUCAUCGGCCACGUGCUGCAGCAGAACGUGUUCGAGUUUUACGAGGAAGCGUUCGGGUUGGUGUGUGACUUAACAUCAAAGUCGAUUUCGCCGGAUAUGUGGAAGCUGCUAGAGCUGAUCUAUCAGUUGUUCGAGAAAAAUGGUGCCGACUAUUUCGUCGACAUGAUGCCAGCCUUGCACAACUACAUUACCGUCGAUACGCCCGCGUUCCUGUCGAACCAGAAUCACGUCAUUGCGAUGUACAAUAUGUGCAAGUCGAUACUUGCGAGCAGCGCCUCGGAAGAGUCGGAGUGCAGUGCGGCGAAGCUGCUGGAGGUUAUUAUCCUGCAGUGCAAGGGGCACAUCGAUGAUUUUAUACCGAGUUUCGUGGAGCUGGCCCUGAUGCGACUAACUCGGGAAGUGAAAACAUCCGAGCUUCGAACCAUGUGCUUACAGGUUGUUAUUGCAGCUAUCUACUACAAUCCAACGCUGUUGUUAGACAUACUGGAAAAGAUCCCGAUACCGGUGCCCGAUUCAUCCAUCACGGCCCAUUUCAUUCGGCAGUGGCUGCACGAUUACGAUUGUUUCCUCGGUAUCCACGAUCGCAAACUGUGCAUCAUCGGUCUGUGCACGCUGCUGUCGAUGGGUGAGCGAAAACCGACCGUUUUGAGCGAACUGCCAGACAAGAUCAUUCCAACGAUGCUGCUGAUUUUCGACGGCCUCAAGCGUGCGUACGCGGCCCGCGCUGCCGAGGGCGAGGAGGAGGAGAGCGAGGACGAAAGCGAAGAUCUGGAGGACGGUCUGUCGAGCGACGAGGACGACGUGGACGAGAUGAGCCCGUACUUUAAGAACGUGACCAAGAUGGUGCAGGAUAAGGCGAGCGAAGCUGGCUUCGAGGUGACCGCAUCAAUUCAGGAUGCCGAUUCGGACGAUGACGACGAAGACGACGACGACGAUGAUGAUGACGGUGAUGAGAUCGAUGAAACGGCGCUGGAAAGCUACACCACCCCGCUGGACGACGAAGAGAACCCGAACGCGGUGGACGAGUACAUCCUGUUCCAGGAUGUUAUGAACAAUCUCCCCAACACCGAUCCGACCUGGUAUACAAUGCUUACCAGGAAUUUGAAUGCAUCUGAGCGCAAAAAUCUGCAGGAUGUGCUCGUCCUAGCGAACCAGAAAAAGGAGACGAAACGUUCGAAAGAGAUUGAAAAGAGCGGAGGCUUUCAAUUCACCCAACACCAAGUACCCAGCACGUUCAGCUUUACGGGACAGCAGUAGUAAUUUGCACUGGCCGGCCCCGGUAUCACCAAUCCAGGCAUAGACAGAGUGAGGGAAGCCGAGACACCAUCAUCAUCCAAUCGAGAAUCCACUCUUCGACCGUGUAAAGAGUAGUUAGUUUUCCACCCGAUAUCAUCCUUGUCAACCGUUCACCCGACGAUCGUCUUGAUCGAACGAUAAUACUUAUUUUGCUACACAUGUUUUUGUUCCUCGUCGGCUUCAAUGUUGCGGCAUCAAUCACAAGGGCUAGAGAGGGUCCCGGUUUUCAAAAUGCUUAUCAUUUCGUGUCCCCAAUCUCCCCAAGGGUCUGGUGUAAUGAAGAAGGGAGACAUACAGUAAACAGUGUAAAAGAAAAACCAAUCCAAAACUGAACCAGAAUAUAAUGUAACCGACAUUUAUUAUUGCGUACCCAGUAGGCUUAGGACAGAAAAAUGUAUGGGUGUGUAUGUGUGAGUGCGCGCGCGUGUAUGUAAAACAAAACAGGAUUCGAGACACACAAUAAAACGGAAGAUGUGGGCAGAGUAUAACCAACAAUGCAACAAGAGAUGUGGUGCAUCCUUCAAGGCCCUGAGUUAUCACCGGGCUUUUUCUUCACGUAAUUGAUGAGCACAGCAGCAAAGGAAAACUCGAAACAAAACAUUUUCCAAAAGCAAUACAAUGCGAGGCGACUCCUCCUGCGGGCGCCAUUAGAGAGAUAGAGAGAGGAAAGGGUAGAGUGUAGCACCAGGAAUUGUUAUUUAAAAUACUUGUUAAUGAUUUGAGGGAAGAGUUGUUGUGCACCAGCACAUAGUUGGCAAAAAUGAAUGUGAAAGGCAUCGACUGUUAGCCGACUAUUAGUAUACCGCUAGGCGAUGGCUUACUCGGAUGAUAAUACAACGUUUACCGGAGAAAGCAAAGCAAUGUUGUCGCCGGGAGACAGGACGUGUUGCUACGCUUCAACACGUGUGCCACAAUUAUCAAAUGUGCCCUCAUUAUUUAACGGAACCUUUCCGGAAGACCAAGUUUUCUGGGGCAAAGGUUUGUAAAGAGAAGAAAGUGGAGAGAUGGGGGGAAUGAUCUCCAUGAGAAAAACCCCUGGCUCCGGGCCAAAAAGGAAGGGGACGAAUUUUAAAAAGGCUCCUCGUUUCUUUUCCAUAUAUCUCCCGCCUGUUGUUGUUGUUGUGUAUGCAAUGGCUAAUCGAUGCGCUUAAUAAAUUUUGAACACAAGCAGCCGGGAGAGGGCGAGCACAGAAGCACAAUCUCCCCUGCUUAGUUCCGGAUCCAACUGUGAUAUUGAUCCUAACUUGACCGCGAUGCAGCAGCGAGUCCCACACGCAGACUCGGUCGUCGCCGGUCCAAGUUAUUUGACGAGAGAUGUUUUGAGGCAGAAAAAAAGGAAGAAGAAAAGAAAACACGAUAAAGAAAGGGAAACCAUUUGUUCGAGACUUGCGCUCGCAUUUAGCAUUUGAGGGAAGGGAAGGGAGGGGAGGGAUUUUAAGUCAGGGCAGCUUAGGAAUAGUAGGUUGUUUAUUUUCUGUUGUGGACGCAUGAUAAAACAACGCAUUGAGACUAACCACAUCUUAUCCCCAGUACACGUGCUUCCUCUUCUCCCACAUGCGGUGGGAGGGGGUGGCAUUAUGAAAGCAGUUAUCAAGAGAAAAAAGAAACACUAAGAAACGAAAAAGCAUUUUAUAUCCUUUCUGCGCACGACUAAAUCCCAGCGUUAAGUGUAUUCGCAUUUACAUACGCACACACUCAUGCACGCAUUCAUAUUGUUUAAUGCAUUCUAUAUAGCAGGAAUUAAUUGAAAAGUAAAAUAAUGAAAAAAAAACUGAUUGAAAAUGAAAACCAAUAAAAAAUGCAUGAAUUA